CAACGUGUAACCGCUAAGACACCAUAACGCCAAGCACCAAACCGCACUAGUCCCAAACAAUCCACCAUACUACUGUACCUACCUUAGGCCUUCCUCCGAAAGCCCCAUCCAACAUCCAACUAUUCCUCCUCCGUACUCCGUCCAGAACCUUCCUCCGACCGCCUGCCCGAGCCAUUGUCUGACAAACCAUGAGUUUCCACGAUGUACCUCCGCCGACGGACGAAACCCCCGCUAAGCGGCGAAAGAUUCGCAAAGGCACCAGCAGCUGCUGGGAAUGUAAGCGGCGGAAGACCCGCUGUACGUUCGCCUCGGCGCAGGAUGGCGUGUGCGUCGGGUGUCAGGGCCGCGGCACUACUUGCGUUAGCCAGGAGUUUCCGGAGAUCGUGGCCCCGAGUAAACGCGGGAGGCAGAUGGGGAAUCGGAUCGAGCGUGUUGAGGCGAUGAUUGAUCGGUUGGUGAGUGGGUCUGGGGGUGAGGGUGUUGUGGUGGAUGGCGGUGAUGUAGGUGAGGCGCCGACGGUUUUUACGAGGGAUGAUGAGCCUAAUAGGGUGUUGGCGUUGAUUGAUGGGGCGGUGGAAGAGCCCGUUGGUGCGAACGAUGGUGGACCGUCUGUUGAAGUUGACCAGGGACCCCAGGGAUCAGGAAGAGCAGUACCCUCUGGAAAGUCUAGGUAUGCGAGGCUUUCGCAGACUCUAUAUGAUGCGCUCCCGUCGAAAGAGGAUCUAGACAUACUAUGGAAAGCGGGUGCCCAUGCAUCUAUACAUUUCCACCAGGUGAUGAUGACACCAUACCCGGAAAUGGAAAAGAACGACCUUGAUUCAUCAGACACACAGGAUAUUCCAGGACCUGAUACACAUCCAGUACUUCUGGCGCAUUAUUUCUUUCGCAUCACGACUGUCCUGCAGUAUCUCGAUCCGGAGUCUCACGGACAACUUAAGGAAAUGUCCGAGUCGCCCAGGGAUAUGAUGAAUAGGCUGGCGGAUACGGCUAUCAGCUUGGUUACGACGCAUGAUGAGCUUCUCGGGACAGUGGAAGAUCUUGAGUCCGUAAUGAUGGAGGGGAUUUAUCAGGCAAACUGUGGCAAUCUACGACGGGCCUGGAUUGCAUUCCGUCGUGCCAUGGGCCUAGCCCAGCUGAUGGGCAUGCAUCGAGCCAAAUGUCCGCCGCUGAAAGUCAUUGAUCCACAGGCACAUCGGAAGUUCAACGCACAGCUCCUCUGGUACCGUAUCGUUCAUGCUGACCGUUUCUUUUGCCUGAUGAUGGGGCUUCCACAGGGCUCUCAGGACCGGAGCAUGGCAUCUGAGGCAGCCCUCAAGAACGACACCCCUAUAGGUCGCUUGGAACGAAUCCAUUGCGCGAUUGCGUCGCGCAUACUCGAGCGCAAUGACUCCGAUCCCGGAUCUUACAGCUUUUCGACAACGCAAGAGAUUGAUCAUCAAUUACAGGAAGCGGCCAAAACCAUGCCCAGUAAAUGGUGGCUGGCACCUAACUUGGCCGCUGCGGCAUCGGCCGCUGGGACUGACAAGAAAGCUGUGUUUUGGGAAAUGCUGCGACUGGUGAACCAGCUUUACCAUUUCAAUCUUCUCAAUCAACUCCACCUCCCUUUUAUGCUGCGCUUCACCGCCGCCGAGCGACGUCUUGACUACUCGCAGACAACGUGCGUUAACGCCUCGCGCGAAGUCCUGUCGCGGUUCAUUUCUUUCCGCAGUUUUAAUCGCGUGGCCUACUGCUGUCGGGCUGUGGAUUUCUUCGCGCUGACAGCCGCAUUGAUACUUCUUCUUGCGCAUCUGGACGGCCACAGGAGACGUCAUGCUCCGCAGGCUGAAGACCCUCAGAGUACCAACGGCAACACUCGAGGUGACCUAAAUUUCUUGGCCCAUCAACGUCUAAGCGAUCGUGCCAUGAUGGAGCAGGUUGUCGAGAACAUGGACCAAAUCGGCCGGGUCAGCAUGGAUGCCGUAAGCGAGAGAAGCGCCGGUCUGCUACGUCGACUGCUCGCGAUGGAAGCAGACGCAGCUGAAGGGAAGCCUUACAGCACGCAGAGCGAGCGUAUCUCCGAUAAUCCUCCAGAAGAGCAGGACGAGCUUGAUGUCGUCCGCAUCUGCAUUCCAUACUUUGGGACUGUACGUGUGGCGCGCGAGGGUGUGAUUUCAAAAGAAACACCACCUGGGAUGUGGACGCCGGCGAUAGACCCUGAGGUUGAUGCCGGUCGUCCGUUAGAACACGAGACUGGAGUAAAUUCGGAUCCUCUUGCCUCUGUACCCCAUGUGCCCGAGAUCCAGUCGCAGUUUCAGGCAUUCGAUGGGAUUCCACAGCAUGAGCCUAUGCCUACGUAUGUGCCACAGCAACGCCUGGUCAAUGAGUUUUAUCCCGGAAUGACCGCCGGAACAGAUGCCUGGGCCUUCCAGGGUGUUGAUAUGGCGUUCUUUGAUAGUUUGAUGCAGGGUUCGAUGCGAGAUAUUCCCGACUGGGGAGAGGAAACUAUACUCAACUAG